CUGGAUAGAAAUUAUCGGAAGACAUUCUUAGCCUUAUUGUGAUGGGGGCAAACGAAGAUGGAAUGCAUCCUUUUGAUAUAAAUAUGCCCUACAAUUCCCCGAGCACUCCGGUAGACUAUAGCCCAUUUUCUGAUUCAUUUGAGAUGCCACCUUAUAUGCCCUACCCUCCGCCGAGUAAUCCAGAUGACUUGAGGCAAGAAGUGCCCCCGACGUCAAUUGUGCCAACCGUUGUAGAAUUUGAACAAAAUCUUGGAAGUACAUCACGGAUGACUGCUGAAAGUUUUCUUGAUGCCGAAGAAAUGGUCUUUGACAUAAAUGAAGAUUUAGAAGGUACCACUGUUGUCCAGGAUGCUGAGGUACGAGUUGAAGCACCAAGAUUUGGGAUGCAAUUUGAUAGUAUGAAAGAUCUUACAGCCUACUAUAAGUAG